AAGCUGAACAUGGAUCCUUCAGCUGCCUAUGAUUUGCUGGUGGAUGGUGUCCAGGACUGGGAUCUUACUGGUGACUCUGUUCCUUGUGAGCUGCUGCUCAUUGGUGAGACUGCCUUCCCAGUGAUGGUGAACCCCCGGGGGCAGGUCCUGAUUGCCGCCUCACAGUAUGGGAAGGGCCGGAUGGUGGUCAUCUCCCAUGAGAGCUACCUGGGGUCUCCCAAGAUGUCUCGGUUCCUACGCAAUGCUGUGGGUUGGCUCAGUCCCUCCCCAGGAGUGGUGGUUGGUGUCCAGAAGACCUUGAGCUCCCUGGUGGGCAUUCUCAGUAGUUCUGGCACCCAAGUGCAGCCCAGUACAGAGCUCAUUGCCUCUUUUGGGGUUUACUGUAUGGAUGCCUAUGAUGCAGCACAGGGGAGGGAGCUGAUCCAGUUUGUGAAGAGAGGAGGGGGUCUGCUCAUUGGGGGUCAGGCUUGGCACUGGGCCUCUGGACACAGUGCAGAGAGAGUGCUGUUCGAUUUCCCUGGGAACCACGUAACCAGCGUGGGCGGCGUUUAUUUCACGGAUAUAUAUGGUGAGAGGGGGAUCUUCAGCGUCUCAGACAAAGUGCCUGCAAUUCCCUUGAUUGCUCCGCAUGGGCUAGAUUUCAGCAGAGACUUAAACCUUCUCCUAAAAGGUGUGUCAGAGCUAGACAUAGUGACAGAUGGUGUCCCCUCUCACCUGCUGGUCCAUGGCACACUGGCCUUCCCCCUUGGCUUGGAUGGCACCUAUCGAUGCUUUCUUGCAGCAGCUCACUAUGGCCGGGGCCGUGUGGUGGUGGCUACACAUGAGGUCCAUCUUAGCACCCCGAAGCUCACAGACUUCAUCCUCAAUGCCAUUCACUGGCUGGGUGCUGAGAAGAAAGGGAGAAUUGGCAUCAAUCCCAAUUUGAAGAACCUUCAUGACCUGCUGACUCAAAGGCAGGUGGUAUGUGAGAUUUCAGAGCUUACCGACAAUCUCAGCAUCUACUGCUGCCAGUCCUACAGUGACAAUGAGGCCAAGAAGAUUCAUGAGUUUGUGGCAGAAGGAGGGGGCCUGCUGAUUGGAGGUCAGGCUUGGUGGUGGGCUUCUCAGAAUGAGGGCCGAAAUGUUCUGGCUGAAUAUCCUGGCAACAAAAUCCUCAAUGGGUUCGGGAUCAGCAUCCUGGGGGAAACCAAGGAGGCAGGCAAGUACCCAGUGUUACGACCCGAAGAGCAGCAAGGACAUUACCACUUCCGCAGGGCACUCGCUCAGUUCCAGCAGCACCUAGACAAGAAGGAGGAUCCCCAGCCCCCAGUGGCAGGCUGGCUUCAGAAACUGAGCCAGGACUGCGCCAAAGUCCUUCAGAUCCCAGUCAAAAAUGGCCACAUCUAUGCCUCACUGUACCACAUCCUGUACAUGAUGGUGCAGAGCAAUGGGAUCCCACCAGUGAGCAAGGAACACGCAGUCAAGGGGAACUCCAAGGAGGUCAUGCUGCUUCAUGUGGCUGCAGCAUUAUGCCAAUCCAUGUCCGACUGUGCGAGGCUAGCACUCUGCGAACUCCCCACAGUCCCUAGCACCACUGUGGAAAUCAACUGCACAAAUACAGAAGCCCACCUUGGACUCUCUGCAUUCCAGAACUUAGUUCCAAAAAGGGGAGAGGCCCAGUUCUCCUGCCUCCAGAGAAGUUCUUUAUUUCUUUUGAGGAUGUGGAUGUCCCUUAUUUUAUGUGAUGCAGCAUGGAGGAGCACAGGACUUUAUCUUCCGCGUGGGAACACAGUGACCUUUAUAUUUCCUAGCACUGUUACUGGAGUUGGCCUUCAGGUGCAGAUUGGGUGUCACUCAGAUGACCUCAGCAGAGCAGAGGAGCUGAAACGCCCCCCUGUGGUAAUACACAGAUGUGAUGUCAAAGAUCAGAAGAUAUCAGUCUCCUCUCUCUGGGGGGGCCUCAUUUACAUCAUAGUGCCAAAGGGAAGCCUGCUGGGGGGAGUGUCUAUCACUGUAAAAGGGGCUGUGCAGGCUCCUUUCUUCAGGCUUGGAAAGACAUCUAAGAGCCAGUGGCUGACCUGCAUCCGUCACUAUCCAGCUCCGUGGGCAGAACUAGCUACCCAGAACAUCAGCUUAACGGUGCCUGCUGACAGCAUCCGUCCCAUAGAAGAUCCCGAGCCUUUGUUAACCCUUUGGGAGCAGAUUAUGACAGCUGUAGCUAAGCUGGCUGCUACACCAGCCAAGUUCCCUCGGCCAGAAAGGAUUGUAGCAGAUGUUCAGAUUUCAGCUGGCUGGAUGCAUGCUGGCUACCCAGUCAUGUGUCAUUUGGAUUCAGUAAAGGAGUUGGUGAACAUGGAAUACAUGCAAGCGAAUGGCCUUUGGGGACCCAUCCAUGAGCUGGGACACAACCAGCAGCAGGCAGGCUGGGAAUUCCCCCCUCACACUACUGAGGCCACCUGCAACCUGUGGUCUGUCUAUGUGCAUGAGAAGGUGCUGGGGAUCUCCAGGGACAGAGCCCACGAACACCUACAGCUGCAGCACCGCAAGAAGAGAAUCAGCGAUUACCUUGGCAAAGGAGCCCAGCUAAAGGACUGGAAUGUCUGGACUGCACUGGAGACCUACCUGCAGCUUCAGGAAGCCUUUGGCUGGGAACCCUUCAUCCAACUCUUCUCUGAAUACCAGACAAUGUCUAACAUCCCCACAGACAAUCCUUCCAAGAUGAACCUGUGGGCAGAGAAGUUCUCUCGGCAGGUGAAGAAGAAUCUGGCCCCUUUCUUUGUGGCUUGGGGCUGGCCCAUCAAGGGAGAAAUCUCUAAGAAGUUGGCAUCUCUGCCCAACUGGGAUAAGAACCCAAUGAAGAAAGUGUGAUGCUUUAUUCACAUGGAAUGGUGGCUGUAAUUUUUAGAGAUAAUUCAGA